AUGUCGAAUCAAAAGCCGAGUUUAAGGUUUGAGAUAGAAAACUUCUCGAAGCAGGACGAUAUCAUAUCGUCUGACACAUUCGUGAGCGGCGGAUGUGAAUGGUGUAUCUUCGUUGAUCCCGAUGGAGAAUGUGCUGCUGAUAGUCACUUGUCUUUGUCCCUGCAACUUGAAGAUUCUACAACCUUGCGCGAAGUGGAGACAAACUCAUUAAUUGAAUUCUACAUUCAAGUUGUUGAAGCUUUUAAUGGAGAGGGUGGAGAUGUAUCCAACAAGAAGAAUAAAAACAAGACUGUUGAUAUCAACGGUUUUCAAGUUUUAGCUUCUCAGGUUACUAAAGUGAGAAAGAUAUUCACAGCACACCCAGACAUUGCUUUAGAUUUCAAACCAACGAUACAAGAGGUGAAGACAGCAUACAUGAACGUCCUCCUCAGGGUCAUUAAAACACUUCAUAAGCCUCCAAAAAGCCUUUCAGAGACUAGACUGAGCAAGGCUAGUAGUGAAUUGAGUGAGUUAAUGAAGGUAGGUUUCAAGCUGGACUGGUUGAGGUUAAAGCUUGAUGGGGUUUCUUUGGAGAGGAAAAAAAUAAAUGUUGAUGGGUCUCAGGUCCAGCAAGUAGAGGAACGUGUCAAGAAAUUUGAGAGGAAGAAAGCAGAUGAUACUAUAUGAGUCUCGUGCUACACAAGUAGAGGAACGUGUCAAGAAUCUUGAGCUGAUGGA